GGAGGCGACAGCAGGGCUCAGGGGACACGGGGGCAGGAGCCCUGGCCUCAGCAAUGUGACAGCUCCAAACCAGAGGUUGCAGGGCAGCUGCUGGGCUGGGGGAAGGAAAGGCUGAGCUACCUGAGCUGGGGACAGCAGCAGAGUGGAAGAGAACAGGACUCUGAGCCCUCCUGGCCCCCUAAGCGGGAGAUACCAGCUGCCCUUAGGGCCUGACCUCAGCUAACCCUGAUGGCCCACAUGGGGCACAGGGUCUAAUUUUAGCUCCAGCCACAGGGCUUACAGCCCAGGAGUGCCUGCCAGCAAGCAGAAGGACUGUCAGGCAAGAGGAGGAGUGGAAGACCAGCUCUGCUUCCUUCCAGCCUGCCCCCUGGCCACAUCAUCCCAUGGGAGCCCUGAGUUGUCCCCCAUGGCCUGGCAGACAGCCCUCCUCUCAGCUGAGGGCAAGGUCACGGGGCACAGCCAGGAGAGCAGAGGGAUACAGACUUGCAGUCUGGACAGUAGUUGCAUCAGCCUGAGUGGUGCCCAGGGUCAGGGGGCCUGGCUAAAGGGCAAAGGCUGUCUUGGUUGUCCAAAGUCUAUGGAAGCAGAGUUCUGGGCAGGAAGGGAAAUCCAGAAAGCUGGGUUCUACCCAGCCUCCUCAUGCCUGGCUGACGACUUGCUCUUUGACCUGAGGCAGGCAACUUGCUCUGGAUGGGCCUCAGUCUUCCCAUCUGUACAAUGAGAGCACUGGACUAGAAGCAGCUCCAGUCCCCAGCCCUCAGGGCCCUGCUCCUCCUGUUUGCUGGCAGAGGCCUCCCAGCUUCCUGGCUUCCACAGUCCUGGCUGUGGGUGGCCACAUGCAGUCGUGGAGAAGGAAGUCCCUCUGGCUGGCACUGUCAGCCUCCUGGCUGCUCCUCGUCCUCCUGGGAGGCCUCCCCCUUCUCCGCCCAGCAGUGCCCUCCAGACCUCGACCAGGGGCUCCCCAAGGCUGGCCCCACUGGCUGGAUGCAGAGCUCCUGCAGAGUUUCUCCCAAUCGGGGGAACUCCUAGAAGAUGCCCCUCGACCUCCUCGAGCCUCUCACGGUAGCAGCUGCAACUGGGGAACCUGCUUUGACACCUCGAAGUGCAGGGGUGAUGGUCUCAAGGUAUUUGUGCACCCAGUGGCGGCAGCAGCCUUACCAAUGUCUGAGACCCAUCGCAGGAUUCUGGCUUUCAUUGAGGGCUCCCGCUACCACAGCUUCAGCCCUGCUGAGGCCUGCCUCUACCUACUCCUCAGCCUGGACAGCCCAGCUGGAGAAUGUGGCCCCGUGCCUUCACAAUGGAAUGGGGGCAAGAACCAUCUGGUCCUUAGUCUCCACCCAGCCCUGUGCCCCAGAACCUUGCAGCUGGGACAGGCUAUGGUGGCCAAGGCCAGCCCCACAGUGGACUCCUUCCGGCCUGGUUUUGAUGUGGCCCUCCCUCUUCUCCCUGAAGCCCACCCAUUACAAGGUGGGGUUUCUGGCCAGCUGCGGCAGCACAGCCCCCUGCCCGGGGUAGCCCUGCUAGCCCUGGAAGAGGAGAGGGGUGGGUGGCGCACAGCAGGCACCAACUCCUCUGCCUGCCUCUGGGAUGGGCACUGCAAACAAGACCCUGGACCUGAGCUGACCCACUCCAGGGAAACACUGCCUAAUGCCACCUUCUGCCUCAUCUCCGGCAAACGGCCUGAUGCCUCCUUGCGCUUCCUCCAAGCCCUGCAGGCUGGCUGCAUCCCUGUGCUUCUCAGCCCCCCCUGGGAGCUACCCUUCUCUGAGGUCAUCGACUGGACCAAGGCAGCCAUCAUAGCUGAUGAGAGGCUCCUACUUCAGGUCCCGGCUGCCCUCCAGGAGAUGUCCCCUGCACGGGUCCUUGCCCUGCGUCAGCAGACCCAGUUUCUGUGGGACGCCUACUUCUCCUCAGUGGAAAAGGUCAUCCACACCACGCUGGAGAUUAUUCAGGAUCGGAUCUUCGGAACAUCUGCUCACCCCUCACUGCUGUGGAACAACCCCCCAGGGGCACUCCUGGCUCUGCCUACUUUUUCCAUCAUCCCCCAGGACUUCCCUUUCUACCACUUUCAGCAGGGCUCUCGCCCUGAGGGCAGAUUCAGCACCCUGAUCUGGGUGGGGGCCCCAGGCCAGCCGCCCCUGAAGCUCAUCCAGGCGGUGGCAGGCUCCCAGCACUGUGCUCAGAUCUUGGUUCUCUGGAGCAACGAGCAGCCACUUCCAUCCAGGUGGCCGGAGACAGCAGUGCCCUUGACAGUCAUGAACGGGCACAGGAAGGUCAGUGAUCGCUUCUUCCCAUAUAGCAGCAUCAGCACUGACGCCAUUCUCAGCCUUGAUGCCCGCAGCAGUCUCUCCACAAGCGAGGUGGACUUUGCCUUUGUGGUGUGGCAGAGCUUCCCGGAGAGGAUGGUGGGCUUUCUGACGUGGAGCCACUUCUGGGAUGAGGCCCUGGGUGGCUGGGGCUACACUGCUGAGAAGACCAAUGAAUUCUCCAUGGUUCUCACCACAGCUGCUUUCUAUCAUAGGUAUUACCACACUCUCUUCACCUAUUCCCUGCCCAAGGCUCUGAGGACGCUGACAGAUGAGGCACCCGCCUGUGUGGACAUACUGAUGAACUUCCUAGUAGCGGCAGUCACCAAGCUGCCCCCUAUCAAGUUGCCCUACGGCAAGCAACAGCAGAAGACUGCUCCACCGGCUCCUGGGGUCCCAAAGUCUGGGCCAAAACACCAGCCCCCAGCCCCGGACUGCAUCAACCAGAUGGCAGCAGCUUUUGGCCACAUGCCCCUGGUGUCCUCUCGCCUGCGUCUGGACCCGGUGCUGUUCAAGGACCCGGUGUCGGUGCAGCGCAAGAAGUACCGCAGCCUGGAGAAGCCCUAGUGGGACCCGCGGAGAUCCCAGAUUCUCGCCUCCUCCAGGGACUUGCCUGACCCUCAUCCCUGUCCCGGAUGGGUUCAGUCUCCUUUGUGCUUUCGCGGUCCAGCACUGCCUCGCAGUGUGUACACCGUCAGGCCCCAGGAUUGGCCUCUGAGCUUCUUCAGAUGACGGCUCAUGUCCUCUUCUGACAGGUGCGCCGCAAAUAUACGACGAACAGAUGAAAGAGACAUUAACCACAUGCCUGGCUUCAUGCUAACGGUGGCAGGAGUGUGACCAAUGACUUCAGGGAAGUCACCUCAGACCUCUAGGUUGUCAGUCUCAAUCCUUGCGCUCCAGCCAAGGAGCAGAGAGGUACAAAGAAGCGACGAGUAGGGGGCGGGGGGAACAAGGGGAGAUGAGAACAAAAGCACCGCCCUAGUCCUGCCCGGGACCCUCGAUUCAGGCGUGACCUUCUACCAUGCAUUACCAACCUAGACCAGUAGAGGUCAGCACCACACCGCUUUCUCCCUUAGAAAGGGACUGGAGUUUUAAACGCUCGCCUAGUCUGAGGGUGGGCAGGGGGACGUGGAGGGUUAGCGGUUAUGUGCAGCCGGAGGGCUGAAAACUGGGGAAGAGGAAUCUGAAUAGCCCCACCCCUUUGGCUCGCACAUCUGGAACUCAGGAAGGGGCCAUUUCUAAGUGAGACCUGAGGCUCUAUAGAUUGGACUGGAGUGGAGAAAGGGACUCUAGGUUCUCCUGGCUUCACCCACCCAGAACUGGAAUUAUCACUUUCGAAAUAAAGCGCGUGUCCUUGCCCCCUCAC